GCCAAAACUCUCGCUCCCAGGCAAGCCGGCAUGCUGAGGACUGUCGUCUGCGGAAGUGUCAAGUUCGCUGGGCGGGACAGUUCGGUGGGGGGCGAAAGAAAAACAAACUUAGCAGAACGUGCCCGUAGAAUCGCAGCGGCGGCGGCGUCGGCAGCGGCGGCAGAAGGUUAAGCCGAGUAAGCCGUUUUACGUAUAGUUCGCGCGGAGCCCACUAAAAUCACCCUGGGACGCGAUGGGCUGCAAUCUCUUUAAAGAGGCCAAAGUGGUCGAGGAAGCGGACAUCUUCAGCACGGCCAGCCGCAUCGAGCACGUCUUCGGAGGGCCCUGCCGGAAGGAGAAGCGGAAGUCGUCCAGGCAGCGGAACGCCGCUAGGAACGGCAGGCGAAGGAACAGCAAGAGCUCGCCGGAGCACGCGAGCCUGUCGGUGGAUGCGCGCGUCACCGCCAAGUACGUAGUGAAAGCGGUCAUCGCAAAGGGCCGCUUCAGCCGCGUCGUGCGCGUCGAACAUCGCACCUCCAGACAGCCGUACGCCAUCAAAAUCAUGGAGGCUCGCAACAAGUCCGACGUCUUCGAGGCCGAGCUGUCGGUGCUACGUCGCGUUCUGCACCCCAACGUCGUGCGGCUGGACGAAGUGUUCCAAGUGGGCCAGCGCGUCUACAUGGUCAUGGAGCUGGCGACGGGCGGCAAUUUGCUGGACCGUAUGGAAAUCCGCGGUCCCUUUAGAGAGAGUGAGGUGGCCGAAGUGCUCCGCAUGGUCUUGUCGGGCCUCGACCACAUCCACAGUCUCGGCAUCACGCAUCGGGACCUGCGACCGGAGAACUUGUUGUACGCGCACCCGGGCCCGGACGCCAAGCUCAUGAUCGCCGACUUUGGGGUCGCCAGCACACCCCAGUCCGGCCGCAAUGUGUACAUGCACACGGUGUGCGGGACCUUGCAGUACAUGGCUCCCGAAGUGGUAGCGAGACGGCCGUACACGCGGGCGGUGGACAUGUGGGCUGUCGGCGUGAUAGCCUUCCUACUCUUCGUCGAAGCGUUUCCGUUCGACGCCCAGCAGGACGUCGCGCUGCUCAAGCUCAUCCUCAAGGCGCGCGUCUCCAUGUCUCAAAAGGCGUGGUCGGACGUCUCCAGGGACGCCAAAGAUCUCGUUCGGCAGCUGCUCCAACGGGACGCGUGCAGUCGCCCGACGGCUGCCCAGGCCCUGGGACACCCGUGGCUCGCCCGUCGAGGCACGCCGUCGCCACAAAGUGGCUACCUGCUCGCGCGCCUGGGCUGCAACGACAGCGGGGGCUCGGCGAGCACGGACAACAGCCGCCGGUCCACGGCGUCCUCCAUGAGGUCGGGACGAUCGGUGCGGUCGCUGCUGGCCAGCCCGCGUCGUGUGCAUCCCACGCAGCUUGAAGCGCUUCACCAGGACCCUGAAGUGGUUGGCUUCUUGGCGUCGCCGUCCGCCGAACAGCCGCGAGCACCGCCCACGACUCCGCGAGCCCCUGGACCGCGCAACAGUGCCAAGACGACCGAGAGGCCGGGCCCCACGCUCGAGCGGACGACUGAAAUGCAAGGACCGAAGACGCAGCAAACGACUGUGCAAUAGAGACGACCGGAACAGCCGGCUGAACUCUAGUAGCCGACUGAGUGUUAUUUAACAAAGGCUCUGCCGAGCGUGCGACUGAAAUGCAAGGACCGAAGACGCAGCAAACGACUGUGCAAUAGAGACGACCGGAACAGCCGGCUGAACUCUAGUAGCCGACUGAGUGUUAUUUAACAAAGGCUCUGCCGAGCGUGCGACUGAAAUGCAAGGACCGAAGACGCAGCAAACGACUGUGCAAUAGAGACGACCGGAGCAGCCGGCUGAACUCUAGUAGCCGACUGAGUGUUAUUUAACAAAGGCUCUGCCGAGCGUGCGACUGAAAUGCAAGGACCGAAGACGCAGCAAACGACUGUGCAAUAGAGACGACCGGAACAGCCGGCUGAACUCUAGUAGCCGACUGAGUGUUAUUUAACAAAGGCUCUGCCGAGCGUGCGACUGAAAUGCAAGGACCGAAGACGCAGCAAACGACUGUGCAAUAGAGACGACCGGAGCAGCCGGCUGAACUCUAGUAGCCGACUGAGUGUUAUUUAACAAAGGCUCUGCCGAGCGUGCGACUGAAAUGCAAGGACCGAAGACGCAGCAAACGACUGUGCAGUAGAGACGACCGGAACAGCCGGCUGAACUCUAGUAGCCGACUGAGUGUUAUUUAACAAAGGCUCUGCCGAGCGUGCGACUGAAAUGCAAGGACCGAAGACGCAGCAAACGACUGUGCAAUAGAGACGACCGGAACAGCCGGCUGAACUCUAGUAGCCGACUGAGUGUUAUUUAACAAAGGCUCUGCCGAGCGUGCGACUGAAAUGCAAGGACCGAAGACGCAGCAAACGACUGUGCAAUAGAGACGACCGGAACAGCCGGCUGAACUCUAGUAGCCGACUGAGUGUUAUUUAACAAAGGCUCUGCCGAGCGUGCGACUGAAAUGCAAGGACCGAAGACGCAGCAAACGACUGUGCAAUAGAGACGACCGGAACAGCCGGCUGAACUCUAGUAGCCGACUGAGUGUUAUUUAACAAAGGCUCUGCCGAGCGUGCGACUGAAAUGCAAGGACCGAAGACGCAGCAAACGACUGUGCAAUAGAGACGACCGGAGCAGCCGGCUGAACUCUAGUAGCCGACUGAGUGUUAUUUAACAAAGGCUCUGCCGAGCGUGCGACUGAAAUGCAAGGACCGAAGACGCAGCAAACGACUGUGCAGUAGAGACGACCGGAACAGCCAGUGGAGCUCCACUAGCCGACAGAGUUUUAUUUAACUUCUUUGUACAGUAUGUAGACGACGUUUCAUAGUAGACAACGAUGGCAAUAACAAGACUGCGAGAAGCGGAGCUUAAAAGACCGGUUUACAGUUGGACUAUGGAAUCUGGCCGCGAGCUGCAAUUUGGUUCCUUGGGGUGUACAAAUGUCUAGUUGUUUUUAUCCAGUGACCUUAGGUACAGGAGUAAAAUUCCUGUAUUUGUGCUAUUUAUUAAGACGACGCUUUGCAGCUGUGGACUUUCUCGACGGAGCCCAAGUGUCGGCCAUAUAUAUGUUGCGAAUGUUUUCUGUCCAUUUUGAUGCCCGCCCUUUUAAUGUCAGGAAGUACAGAUAUUUUUUGCUUUCCUUUUUUGUACAAAAUGUCGAAGUUACAAGUCGUUUAAGCUUGCUCCUUCGCAAAACCUGUUUUUAUAUAAUUGGUAUACACUUUUUGUCGCAUGUCGUUGGAAUGACUCUAUGUACAAUAAUAAAUAAGGACAUCUACACUUUUAAAAGAAAGAGAAAUAUAAAAAAAAAAGGCAAAUGCCAUUAUUGUCCACGUUCCAAAAAAAGAAA